CCUCGCGAUGAGCGGGUCGCGGGCUCCACCGGGCGCGGAGCGGGCGCGGGCGGAGAGCAGGCUGGCCACCCGCGCCUUUCUCCAGGCGGCGACGAGGGGCGACUGCAAGACCAUGCGGCUGAUCGCCCGCGAAACUGGCGCGGACCUGCACGGCCCCCUCGCGCGCGACGCCCACGGCAACGACCCAGAGCAGCUGCUGCUUCGGGCCAGUGGCCACCUGACCCCUGCGCAGGUCAAAGCCGCGAGGCGGGAGGUCAGGGAGCUGCCGCGGAUGCUCGCCGCGGCGGAGGCGGCCAAGUCCAAGGCUUCGGGCCCGGUGCCAGCCGGCGGCCUGGGUGGCACCAUGCUCUCUAUGCGCACGCAGUCCGCAGCCAGCUUGCAGCCAGCCAUCUCGCUGGUGCAGAGCGGCUUAUUCGCUGACAAGCGGGACACGGUUCUCUCCGCGCCGGGCCCCAUGGACCCACAGCCGAGUGCCGGCGCCGACGUGACGGCGGGGCAGGCAGCGGGCCGCAAUCUGCGGGCCCGCGAGCAGCGCAUGCACUCGACGUUUGCAUCCUUGGCGAACGCGGUGGUAGGUGAGCGGGCGCGCGACGCGAUCUGUGCUAGCGCGGUGGACAGUAGGAGGUUGCUACGCAGCGUGCCCUCGGACAUGUCCAGGUCGAUGCCUAGCCUGGCGGAGGCGCUGCGCAGCGAGGAGCUGGCCGUGACCGCGGUGUCCCGGAGGCCGGAUCUGCUGCAGCUGGAGGGCACGCGCUUCAAGAGGCUGGUGCCGACGCUGACUUCCAUCUUCGGCGGAAAGGAGGCCGCGCCCGACGUGGCCUACGCGGUCUCUGCUCGGCCCGAGCUCCUAGAGGUCGAGCACGCCCAGGGCCUCUUGGACUCGUUCAAACUACUCUGCGACUGUGUGGACGGAGUGGCCGACGCGAGGUUCAUGGUGCUGCAGACUCUCGCGCCCGCGUCCGUGGUGGUGAAGGCGCGGAGCUGGAGCCGCGAAGAGUUCGUCGGCGAGUACCACCGGAUCCCUGGAGGGCGCGCGUGGGACAGGCCGGUGUACAUGAAGCCAGCGUCUUCCAUGGCUCACCUCGGCUACGGCAGGGACAUGUACCUCGUGUUCUACGGAGGUCGCAACCCAGGGACAGGCGAGGUCGACGGCAGGUGGUUGCUCACGCCCUUCUUCGGUGGCUCCAGCGCUUCGUCGCCUGCCGUGACCCCCGCCACGCCGGCGGGGGUGUCGUCGGAACGCAGCGAGGCGCUCGCCUUCGCGCCCGAGAGCCUGAGCACCCCCGACCAGUUGUCGGCAACAUGGAGCUUCAAGGAAAUUGACAGCGGGCCGAAGGAGAAACCGAGCUGCCCGUCCCGCUGGGAUCCGGACGCCUACGUCAAUGUUGUGGACAGCGGCAGGCCCAGGCUGCGCUCUCUGCUGUCGGUGCCAGCGCAGGAGAUACGCGAGUGCUUCGAUCAGAUAAAGGAGGCUCUCUGCUUCUGCUGGCGCGCUGCCGGCCCCGACGGCCGCCCGAGCAGCGGGACCCGCCUGCUUGGCUGCCACCGCAUGGGCGACGCCCCGUUCAUUGGCAGCUCACUGCGGUUUGAGCACCUGGGGAACUUCAAGCACACAGCUGGCUACCUGUACUACCAGCUGAGUGCGAAGGACCAGCUCGAGCCCAUCUUGAGGCUGCUUGCCUGGGACCCGAUCACCGUAAUCUUGAUGUACGCAGGGGACGAGGAGCCAUCGCAGGUGCCCGCGGAGUCGCCGCCAGCCAGCGACGCCAAGGCACCCGCCAAGGCUGCCAAGAGCGCGGCGGCCCCACCAGCCGCCACGCAGGCGGAGGACUCGCAGGUGCCCGCGCACCACAAGGUGCUUGGCGCGCACGGGUUCCAGCCGAUGCACCCUGGGGUGCUCGGGGCCCGAGGAGUCGACAACCUCCCGCACCUUCGGCAGGACCCCGACCAGCCUCGUGCCCCAGGCGCGUCGCUGAACAAGCCCGUCGUGAAGGAAAUGUUUUCCCGCACCUUCAUGCGAGGCAUGGCGGACGUGCCUAUCCCUCCGGGAGCAGCGGGUCUUCCGCCCCUAGUGUUCGUCAAGACCCAGAUCGCGGCGACGAGCUCUGCGACCGGCACGCCCUGCGACUCUAUCAAGGCG